GCUGGAUAUUUGGGGCUGUACAUUUUUUAAAAAUAUUAAGAAUUCAAUAUGAAUGCCUGGAGAAAUUAAUAUUAAUGCGGUGGUCUGUUUUUAUUGAAGGAGCUGAUAGAAGCUGCCUAGAUUAAACAGGAGAACAGCACGUAUCCAUUUGUAGAAUUUUAGCUCUAAAUAUUCAUUUGUUUACCAAGUUGGAAAAAUGUUCACGAAAAUAAAUGGCAAGGAGAAUCAGUUCGAAUAACAGAUUUUAUAACAUUGAAACAGAUUGGCAAGGGAGGGAAGAAAACAGCUUGAGCUGAGAAUACUUAGAUUUGAAUCACAUCUUGAUACAUAAAGGUCUUAGUUUCCCCCAGCCUCAGUUUCCUUAUCUUAAAAAUGGGGUGCGUUGGUGGGGGGAGGACAUUUAAUUCAUAGAUGUGUUAUAUGGCUUAAGUGAGAAAAUACAGUGCUUGGAUCAAGAAUCUGUAGGUGAAUCUAAAAAAUUUUAAGACAGUGAAAUAUUUCUCUUUUUUUUAUUAGGUAUUUUCCUCAUUUACAUUUCCAAUGCUAUCCCAAAAGUCCCCCAUACCCUCCCCCCCCACUCCCCUACCCACCCACUCCCACUUUUUGGCCCUGGCAUUCCCCUGUACUGGGGCAUAUAAAGUUUGCAUGUCCAAUGGGCCUCUCUUUCCAGUGAUGGCCAACUAGGCCAUCUUUUGAUACAUAUGCAGCUAGAGACACGAGCUCCAGGGUACUGGUUAGUUCAUAAUGUUGUUCCACCUAUAGGGUUGCAGAUCCCUUUAGCUCCUUGGGUACUUUCUCUAGCUCCUCCCUUGGGGGCCCUGUGAUCCAUCCAAUAGCUGACUGUGAGCAUCCACUUCUGUGUUUGCUAGGCCCCGGCAUAGUCUCACAAGAGACAGCUAUAUCAGGGUUCUUUCAGCAAAAUCUAACCUACAUCUGGUGGACUUUUAAUUUGUUUUAAGACUUAAGUGUCCCACACUUAUUUUAAACUCAUGGGUAGAACGUGUGCGUUAGUAAUUGACUGAUGACUUCUAUUAAGUAAUAUUGUUCCUGCAAAGUUGUGUAAUAUUUAAUAUAAAUAUGUGCAUUGAUAAUAUAAUAUCAACUAAUAUUUAAAGUGAAUUGGGGGGGGGAGACAGAGAGAUGGCUUACUGGGCAGACACUUUCUGCCAAGCCUGAAGAACUGACUUCUGCCCUGAACUUACAUAGUGGAGAGAGAGAACUAAUUGUAUGACCUAUGACCUCCCAAUGCAUGCUGGGGAGGGGGUGUGCACAGCCCCCUGUACUCACCAAAAAAAGUUUUAAAAAAAUUAAAACACAUUAGGAGAAUUUCCUACAUAAAGGCAUUCUAUUCUUGCAAGUAAGGAGCCUACCUGAAUGCAGAUGAUGGUCCUGUUAGAUCUUUUGUGCAAAUCGAAUCAUUUGAACAUUGGGAUUAGCUCUCGCACAGUGCUUGGGGUUUGGUUUACGCCUUGCUCUCUGUGGGCUCAUGGGGGAAUUAGAUGUGUGUGUAACCGCCUGACUGCUAGGGACUCUUCUGUGCAAUUUGUUUUAAAAUUAUUUUUGAAGUCAAAGUACUACUUCAGAAAGAAGUUACUAAGUUACUAUGGUAGAGUUUGUGCCACAGAUGUUUGAUGGACACACAGAUGUUUCCAGCCUCAGCUCUGUGACCGCUGCGUCCAAUAUUUCCCUGGCCAGUGCCUUCAUUUCUCACCAUGAAUCUGUGAGGCAGGAUGGAAGGAAGGUGAACACUGCAGUAAAUACCUAACGUCCCUUCGGGGCCUAGAAUUCUUUCAACUAAGGAAAGUCUUCAUAAAAGUGUCCAACUGUGCUGCACGUGGUAGCAUUGAGUUUUAAUUCCAGCACUCAAGUGGCAGAAGCAGGCUGAUCUUUGUGAGUUCCAGCCCAGUCUGGUUUACAUGGUGAAAUCUACCUAAGCCAGCCAGGGCUUCAUAGUGAGCCAUGUCUCAAAUACAAAACAAAGAAGAAAAAAAAAGUCCAACUACUAGACAGAAUUAAAGUCUCCCAAAGGUACUUGCUUCAUUUAGGGAGAGGGUAAGGGAAUAGGAAGUGAACUUUCCUUUAUCCUGGAUACACACCCACAAGUCCAGGCUCCAUUCAGGGAUGUAGUUCCCUUAAAGUGUGGACACCGUGUCAUUCAAUAGAGUACUUAAGAAGACCUGUGCUUUAUUCAGUUUGCUAAAGAAAAAUUUCACCUAUCCAAAUGUGCAAUUUAAUAAAUUCUUUGUAAAAACAUAUUUUUUGUAUUUAAAAUAAUAUAAUACAGCUUCUUUGGUGGUUGUGGGAAUUGAACCCAGGGCUGCCACAUACAUUUAUGACAAGCAAUGUCAGAAAACACCGACAGAGUUUCCUCCCCAGUAAGCAAAAUGUUUUAAAAUCUAUCUUGUUUGUCCAUUUCUUUUCCUGUUUUUAGUUGGUUUGUUAGCUUUUGCUUUUUGUUAUUUCCCCCUAUUGCUCAGACUGGUUUCACAUUCCUACACUGUGGCGAUCCUCUGGGACUGCAUCUGACUUAACUCUAUGUUCAUAGGCCACUUUUCGCUUAAAGCAAUUCUUUCCAGCUUGGAGAUUCUGAGAGCUACAGCAGCGACUCCAGUAUUCAUCUUCCCAAGUCUCAGUUUCAGACUGUGUAAAAUCUUGUGCAGUCACUGGCACCGAGGCCAAGGAUAGGCGCAGUGGUUCAGUCCUAAGAGCAGGAGAGGACUUGGGAAGCAAGCAUGAUGCUUGCCUUUGGGACAGACAGCUCUUGGGCAGAGAGCAGCCAAAGCGGAUGUAUAGGGAGUAUUCCUGAAAAGGAGAAACAGCUGACAGGCAGAGAGGGCCACAGUCCAUGCAGACCUGCAACAGAAUGAAUUCUUUUCAGGGCUCGUAAUCCUGUAUAGUCCUCUUGAUAUUCUAAUAUGGGGAUUUUGAGAGCCAUUCUCCAGGGUUGCUGGGAGCAUCUCGCGGGGCUUUGAAUAUGAAACACUUCUCAUGACGUCUGGCUUGCCAUAGCCAGGCAAGCAAUGUUGAUUCUCUUCUUCAUGUGAUUUCCAAGUCAUGUCUCAUUCUUGGUUUGGUUGCAUCUGUGUCUCUGACAUCUUCCACAAGUCCCAUUUUCCUCCCUCAGUUCCUCUCAUCCCAUCUAUGUUCCUGUCUCAGAUGUUUUCAUCCCUCUUUUCACCUGAACUGCUGGCCACUCAGAAGGUCAGUACCCCAGAACCUUGAUCGGCUGACAGUCUCCUAAUUGGUCCAGUGCUCCGUACCUUUGCUUUUCUAAGAUGUAUUUCAACGAGUUAUCAGAGUUAAUAUUCUCCCAAAUACAGGUCAGUAAUAGGUCAUCAAUGUCAUUUUCUUCACAAAAAAACAAAAGCAAAAAAUAAUCAUUAAAGAAAAAAACAAACAAACAAACAAGAGCUAUUUAAAUGACAUACUUUUGUUUAAAGAAUGAAACCUAAUAUUAGCACUCUUGAGAUUUUUUUUAAAAGACAAAGUCUCAUUCUGUAGCCCAAGUUGGCUUAGAAGUCACUAGUUGAAGUUGGCCUUCAAUACACAGCAAUCCUUCCCCAGACUUCAAGCGCUGUGAUCACAGGGGUUCAACUCCACGCCCUGCUCCCUGAGUCUGAAAUACCAUUUCCUCCAUGUGUCCUGUAAGGACUACCUGUUCCCGUCUGGUUAAAGUAUUCUAAUCUUUCCAUUCACAUCUUAUCUGCAUAUGAUUGACUGGGACUUGCUGGCCAGGGUGCCGCAGCACACAGCACAAACUGUAUUGGGUUUCUCUUGCUCAGCAAGGCAUGUACACGGUGGUCUAACUUACCAGUUACUUGUCAAAUUAAAUGGAGUGGAAGAUCAACAUGAAUAGUCCUGGUUUCUAACAAGGGAAUGAGAAAUGCAAUCAGACACAACAAAGGCUGGAGUAACAGAAUGCUCAUCACUUGCCAAGCUCUGUUCUAAGUGGUUGCUGUGACUCCAGAGUUCGAGAGCACUCUGGGAGAAAGCUGCUACUUACAAUCUUGAGUACACAGGUGGGAAAUGACAAUAUCCAAUCUGAUAAUAAGCCACUGAAAAGACAAAAGAGUCCUUACUAGCAUGGCUGUACUCAGUGUUCCUGAGGGCGCGUUCUAUGUUGCUUUUGAGGAGUGUAGCUGAAUUACUUAUGUACAGCAUGGCAUGGCCAACCCAGGGUAGAUGGGGCGACCUUAGGAAGUUAUUGCCAGCCCUGCCUUGUACAAAGAUUGUCCUUGCAAGACUUAAGAGACAAGAGGGGAUGGCAUUUGUUUGUACUUUGAUAUUACAGCAUCACGGGCAAGGACAGCCAAAUGUUUUGUGAAACCUAAGAGCUGUGAAACCAGAGGGCUUAUCUGGCGGCUGCCCUUCUCCGGGGAUGAUCAUGUGACCUUAGAGAUUACCCCGGCUCUGGUGAAGGCUAGUGAAAGUAAGCCUCUGCCAAAUUUGUGCAUUCCCUAAGGCUGAGAGCACUCCCUGGAUGGGAGAAUUUCCAUCAAGGUCUUAGAGCGCUUUCUUCUUUUUCCUCAGGAGGGGCUAGAUGUGGUGGCUGGUCAGCUGUGGUUUCUUUAGACUGUAUUUAGCAAGAGCUGACUUCCUAGUCUACACUCCUUCCCCAGCCUCAUACAUUUAGCAUUGUUCUUUCUUACCUUAAAAAAAAAACAAAACAAAACAGAAAUUGUUUAUUUAUUUGCAUGUGUGAGUGCUUGUGUAUGGGUUGAGCACAUGGACGUCAGAAGACAGCUUGGAGGAGUAAAUUCUGUCCUGUUAGUCUGUGGUUUCCAGAGAUAGACCACAAGAUCUCAGGUGGUCAGGUUUGGUGGCAUGCAACAUUACACACUGAACCAUGUCUGCCCUUUUCCUAAGCAGUUAGCUCCUCCAAGGAGGGUGAGGCCAAGGGAGAAUCCAGAAAAUAGAAGACACGUAUGAAAAGUGGACUCAAGGGAUUCUCUCCAUUUUCCCCUCUGAUCCUCAUACCCUUUUCACCUUGUUCCUGCCACCCUGCUACCCGAGUGAUUGGUCUCUAUGUUUCUAGUUCACUGGGCAAGGUGGUGAAACAGUUUGUAGACCUCAGGGAAGUCAGUGAUCAGAAUCCCUAAGAACAGUCAUUUGAGACAAAUUUUUGUUUGGGUCAUAAGCCAAUGAUUUCAAUUAAUCUAAUUCUUGAGAUGGGAUCUUGCUAUGUAGGUCAGGCUGGACCUGAACUAUGAAUUUUCCUGUGUUAGCCUCCCCAGGGAGCCUGGAAUUGGGAUUAUAAAAAUGAGCCAAGUGCCUGCCAAAUUGCUUUUGUUUUAAACUGGAAAACCUGAGCCUCAGAUACAAGGACUGUUAGGAUGGCUAUGGGCCUUUAAGGACAAUCUGUUUUCUUCCACGGCCUCUAACUAGGCUCCAGUUACCUUCUAAAGGCCCAAGAAGAAAGCCACUCCCAACUCGUCUUGGCCAUGCAUUCCAGUCUUCAGCCAGCCUUAACCUUGGGUAAAUGUUUGUCAUUGAGCAUGAGUCCCCCACACUGCUCUUUGCACAAAGCACUUGCUGAUAAAAAGAGGGAACUAUCUGCCCAUGUUACAGCAUCUGCUGCUAUGUUUCUGUCCACAUCUCCAGCUUUCCUGCAAGCUGUAAAUUCCAUUCACUCUAUUCCUUGUCUGCUCUUGCCCAUGCACUUUGGUGAAUGCAGUGUGGGACAGUAUCUGCCUAUUGGGCUGGUGGGUGACUGCAUAUUCUCACGGGUUACAUAUAUAAGUGUGUACUCGGGAGAUGUCUAUCUCAAAGCUGUUAGUUAGGUUCUCUGCAUAAUAGACUAAGUCAUUGCGAGUCUCCAGAAGUAGUGGACAGGUGUUGGGUGUCUUGUGUCAAUAGGAAAGGAGAGCCUGUACUGCUGAGAAUAAACAACAGUCUCUUGGUAAUAUGAGAUCCAUUCAUUUAAAGUUGGAGGCCUAGAUGUGGGGUUGGAGGUAUGUGUGUGUGUGUGUGGGGGGGCAUUCUGAACACCACCUGUUUGCAACCCCCUAACCUCCAAUACAAAGAGAUGAGGUCAGUUACCCAGCAAACUGAGGCAUCAUUAGAGUUAACAGGAGAGAGGGCGAAUGGGGAAAGGGGAGAGAGCAAGUCUGAAAGGGAGUUGUAGGCACUCUUUGGCCGUUGAUACCCUCCUCCAUCAGCUGCUUUGGGAAACUGCCCCCUCCUCCAAUUUGGCUUCUUUUGCCUCCUUGUAAAACAGCUGUUGCAACUGAACAGCUGCAGUCCGGAACUAUCAGGGAACUAUUUUCUUGCAUAGUAUGUGAUUUUGCUGGCCUCUACCUUGAUUUCUGAAGGUCUGAUGCUGGCCUUGCUGUAUCAGUCAUUGUCAUUCAUGGGAGUCCUUGGAUAUGUUUUUGCAGUUCUGCCCCAUUUUCAUGAUUGCAAGAAGAGGGUAGUAACUUGUGUUGCCUUAGUCCUAAGGUCUCUAGGAAGGUAUAAUGUGAUGUAUUAAAACCUUUCUGUAAGCUCUAAAGGUCACAUGCCAAUCAAGAGCAUAUUGGAAGGGUUCAGAGGAAGAGACUUUUGGCUCUUUCUGAGGAGCUUAGAGGGGACAUCUGCUGGCAGCUGCAACUAUCUGUGCUCCAAAGUAAACAGAGACAGCUGUGGUGGCGGGCAGUGAGGUUUUGAUUUUCUUUUUGUUAGUUUGUAUUUGUUCCCCCUCCCCUGUGUGUGUGUGUGUGUGUGUGUGUGUGUGUGUGUGUGUGUGUGUGAGCACACUAGUGCAAAAGAGAGAGACAGAGACAGAGACAGAGACAGAGACAGAGACAGAAACAGAGAGGCCUAGCUCAGGCUGCCCUCAGACUUGCUUUGUAAGUGAGGAUAAACUUGAACUCCUAAUUUUGACUGGGGAUUUGAUGAGUGAAAAGGUUAAAGCUUUAAGGAAAAAAAAAAAAAAACGAGGCUCCAGGCAGAAGUGAGCGAAGGAGAGGAUCAGGCAGGGAUGAGGGAUGCUCCUGGAAUCUGCAUGUGAGAACCUUUUAGAUUUGGUCCAGCCGAGGUUUUACCUUAGACCAGAGGAAAUGUAAGCAGUAAUUCUCCACCACUUCUGUGCCUGAAGCUUAGAUUAAAUAUUAGAGGAUUUUAGGUCCAGACUCGUGGGCGGGACACCUGUCUGAAGUGCACUGGAGGAAGAAGCUGGUGGUUCAUCUUCAUUUUGAGGCUAUGAAUUUAAAUUGAGAAGGCCUAUGGCAAGUGUGUGUGUGUGUGUGUGUGUGUGUGUGUGUGUGUGUGUGUGUGUGUGUUGUACCUUUUCUUUCUUCAAAGAAUAACUGGUAAUGCCCUGUUUUCCUUGAGCAAGAGAGACUCUGAUCCCUUAUAUCAACAGCGCAUCUAAGAGGCAGGUUCUCUGGGAAGCUGUCAGACCCUCCUGCAAAGCCCUCCUCCACGGAAAGGAUCUAAGACAGUGAACAAACUAUGUAGAUCCCUGACCGACUCUGAAGUUAAGAGACACCGACCAUCCUCCUGGUCCAAGCCGGAAGAGCUUUUCAGGUCUUUGCCAGGCCUGACACCUGAUGACUAGAGCUUUCUCCUUUCUCUGCCACCGGGAGUUAAAAUAGAGUGAUAGUGAAUCAUGUGCAAGCCAGCAGCCGGAUGUGAAGGGUCAGGAAAGGGACUGAUACUCUGACAUCGCUUAGGGUGAACCGGACCUUGGCCCUUCACCAGAUGCACUUCCUUUUUAUUCACAGCCUCAAGGAGGUUGCAUAAUGAAUGGCAGGAUGUCUUAGCUUCCCAUGUGUCAAUGCAGGACAUGACAGACAGCUGUUACCUCAGAUGUCUUAUUGACCUGUAGGGGUAUAUGCUAUUUUAAAGUGGAUUUUUUUUUCUCUUUCUCUCUCUCUGACUAGCCCUGGCUGUUCUUGAGCUCCCUCUGUGGACCAGGCUGGCCUCGAACUCACGGGGAUUUGCCUGCCUCUACCUCUUGAGUGCUAGAACUAAAGGUGUGUGCUACCACCACCACCAGGCCUGAAGUGGAUUCUUAUGACCUUUAGGGAUGUGAUUUUUAUUCAUCCAAAGGGAAACUGGACUAACAAAUACCGGCAAAGAGAAUGGGCCAGAUUGUGGGCCAUGUAUUGGGGUCUUUGUUAUUCCUUUCGGUCUCCCACUGAAGAGGCAAAUUCCUUGUUUGGGGUGGGGGUCGUUGAGUGUUAAACUUGUACCCCAGCAAGCUCAGUCCAACACAGAAUGUCUUCCUAAAGCAGAUCACUUCUACAUCCCACCUCUCAGGGUUCACCUGCCUCUAGCACACUGAUAUACUUGGCAGGACUAGUCCAUAUUUCUGUUCAGAGGUCUGAGGCCACAGUAAACGGUGUGACCCAACCCAUUCCCCAGCAAGAUGAAGCAGCAUCACACAGUCUCAGGAAUGUCCAAGGAUGCACUUGACUCCCUGGAGUCUCUGAGGGUGGUGCACCGGCUAACUUCUCUCAGCCUCUUUGCCUUUCACUUAUAAUCGGGCUAUAGUUUUGGCCAGGCCACACACCAUGUAUCCAGUAUCUUUCCCUUAAUGGUCCUGUGUGUCCUGUGUCUUUCCACCCUAUCGUGUGUCUUUGUGUCCGUGUCUGGUGUCCUCAGCUUAUUCUACAGAACUGUCUUUUCUUCCCAGCUUGCCAUUUUGGAAGCAGCCUCCAGGAACUUUCCAUUUUCCUUCUGAUUAUGUAUGCCCUGUCUUCCUGGUCAGCACUCCAAACAACUCGGAGAACGCGCAUUUCUUAGGAGAGAGAUUUGGCUGAAAAGUCACCCAGUUUUCCUUCAACCCUGUAUCUUGGGUGGUCUGCGAGGGAGGGCUAAAUCCAUUGAUUCCCCUCCCCCAGGGGAAAAAAAAACAGGGAGUUUGCUAACCAGAGCUGCUUAGCCAAUCGUUGCCUUGAGAAAGUUUGGAUUGUGCUCCUAUUUCAUUAGGCUGAUUGGAGCAGCCUUGACUCGGAGGUAUAGUCCCUCCCCAAGGGAUUCCGUGUACAGUUACAAGGCUGUCGCUGGCUGUCGCUGCCUGUGCGUGUCCUUUCAGGCUAGCAACCCACUCCCUCCUCAGCCCCCACCCCCCUCCACCUACUCCACCUUUUUUUGUUUUUAUCUAGUGUCUCCCUUGCUCUCUCUCUCUCUCUCUCUCUCUUUCCUCUCCCUCCUACCACCGCCUCUUCUUCCAGUCCUCCACUCUCCUGCAGCGCCAAGCCGGCUCCCCAACGCAGUCGGCUGAACGCAAACCACUGAGAGUUUGCUGCGCAGUUCCCUGGGGUCCGGGGCCGCCGAGUCCCGCUAAGGCAAAGACACCGGCAGAGAGAGCAAGCGAGCAAGCGGGCGCAGCGGAAGACAAACACACGGGCACGCGAAGGGGAGCCCCAGGAGGGCAGCCGGGUGGCAAAGCUUGGCAGGCGACUGUCACUGCGUCCCGGGUCGCCUCUUCCCUCGUCGGACUGAGCGAGGAAGCGCGCUUCUUAAAGUUCUAGACCGCAGGAGGCGGCGUCCCCUUCAGUCCCCUCCUCGCGGCGCUCCAGGAAAAGGAACUUGAUCUACUGGCAGGCUCGAGCCUCCCGCUGAACGUGAGAGGGGAUAGUGCCACGGGCCCCAGGGUAGGGAGCCGAGAGAGGAAGCCUCGAGCCAGGCUGCAGGCGGAGGGCACGGAGCAGCGGCCAGGGACCCCGAUGCCGGCGGCCAACAUGAUGGAGAACCUGCAGCUGCCCGCCCUGCAGGUGCCAGAACCUCAGGGCGCACCCGAGGGCAGCGCGGUGUGGUCCAGCUCGUCCACCCCCACGCUUCGCCGCCGGCGCUUUAAGAUGCGCCGGAUGAAGAACGUGCAGGAGCAGAGCCUGGAGGCGGGGUUGGUAGCCCCGGACCUACCCGGCGUCCUGGCCCCCGGCAAGGAGUUCCUGCAACUGCCGUCCAUUGAGAUUACGCCCUCCAGCGACGAGGACACCCCGUGGUCCAACUGCUCCACACCCAGUGCGUCCCCGCGCCGAAAACGCUUCCUGCUCCGCAAGUGGCUGAGGGUGAGGGAGCGGAAAGAAUGCAGUGAAAGCAGCAGCCAGCAAAGCAGCCAACAGAGCAGCCACGACGAUGAUUCGAGCAGGUUCCUGAGUCCUCGAGUGCGCGACGAAAGCACUGCCAGUAACUCCAACCGCAGCACGCCAGCCUGCUCUCCCAUCCUCCGGAAGCGGUCCCGCUCACCAACACCACAGAACCAGGACGGAGACACCAUGGUGGAGAAGGGCUCAGAUCACUCCUCGGACAAGUCCCCGUCCACCCCGGAGCAGGGUGUGCAACGCAGUUGCUCCUCACAGUCUGGUCGGAGCGGUGGUAAAAAUUCCAAGUCUCACAAGCGCCUCUCAAAAUAUGACAGACUUAAUCUGAUCAAAAAAAGCCAGAGUUGGUACAAUGUGCUAAGCCCCACUUACAAGCAGAGAAAUGAAGACUUCAGAAAGCUCUUUAAGCAACUUCCAGACACGGAGCGCCUCAUUGUUGAUUACUCUUGUGCACUCCAAAGAGACAUUCUUCUUCAGGGCCGACUCUACCUCUCAGAAAAUUGGAUCUGCUUCUACAGCAACAUCUUCCGCUGGGAAACCCUGCUGACAGUCCGUUUGAAAGAUAUCUGCUCCAUGACUAAAGAGAAAACAGCUCGCCUCAUUCCCAAUGCCAUCCAAGUCUGCACUGAUUCAGAAAAGCACUUUUUUACUUCCUUUGGAGCCCGGGACAGGACGUACAUGAUGAUGUUCCGGCUCUGGCAGAAUGCUCUCCUUGAAAAGCCCCUAUGUCCCAAGGAGCUCUGGCACUUUGUCCACCAGUGCUACGGGAACGAGCUGGGCCUAACCAGUGAUGAUGAGGACUACGUGCCUCCAGAUGAUGACUUCAACACAAUGGGCUACUGUGAGGAGAUCCCCAUAGAAGAGAAUGAAGUGAAUGACAGCUCAUCCAAAAGUAGCAUCGAGACCAAGCCGGAUGCCAGCCCACAGCUGCCCAAGAAGUCCAUUACCAACAGCACACUGACGUCUACGGGAAGCAGUGAAGCCCCUGUUUCGUUUGAUGGCUUGCCAUUGGAGGAGGAGGUGAUGGAGGGGGAUGGUUCCCUAGAGAAGGAGCUUGCCAUUGACAACAUCAUAGGGGAGAAGAUCGAGAUCAUGGCGCCUGUGACCUCCCCUUCGCUGGACUUCAAUGACAAUGAGGAUAUCCCCACCGAGCUCAGUGAUUCUUCAGAUACCCACGAUGAAGGAGAGGUCCAGGCCUUCUAUGAGGACCUGAGUGGAAGACAAUAUGUGAAUGAGGUCUUCAACUUCAGCGUGGACAAACUCUAUGACCUGCUGUUCACCAACUCACCCUUCCUGCGGGAUUUCAUGGAGCAGCGGCGUUUCUCUGAUAUCAUCUUCCAUCCAUGGAAAAAGGAGGAGAAUGGAAACCAGAGUCGAGUGAUUCUCUACACUAUCACCCUCACUAAUCCUCUGGCUCCCAAAACAGCCACUGUCAGGGAGACACAGACCAUGUACAAAGCGAGUCAGGAGAGCGAAUGCUACGUGAUAGAUGCUGAAGUCCUCACCCACGAUGUGCCGUACCAUGACUACUUCUACACCAUCAAUCGCUACACACUCACCAGAGUGGCCCGGAACAAGAGCAGACUCAGGGUCUCCACAGAGCUCCGCUAUCGAAAACAGCCCUGGGGGUUUGUGAAAACGUUCAUCGAGAAGAACUUCUGGAGUGGACUGGAGGACUACUUCCGUCAUUUAGAGACUGAACUAACCAAAACAGAGAGUACCUACUUGGCUGAGAUACACAGGCAGUCACCCAAGGAGAAGGCUAGCAAGUCUUCAGCAGUCCGGAGGAGGAAGCGUCCCCAUGCCCACCUGCGGGUGCCUCACCUGGAAGAAGUGAUGAGUCCUGUCACCACACCCACUGAUGAAGAUGUGGGCCACAGGAUCAAGCACGUGGCAGGUUCCACGCAGACACGGCACAUCCCGGAGGACACUCCUGAUGGUUUUCACCUACAAAGUGUGUCCAAGCUGCUGCUGGUUAUCAGCUGUGUGAUCUGUUUCAGUCUGGUGCUGCUGGUUGUCCUUAACAUGAUGCUCUUCUACAAGCUGUGGAUGCUGGAAUACACCACCCAGACCCUCACUGCCUGGCAGGGUCUCAGGCUCCAGGAAAGGUUACCCCAGUCUCAGACAGAAUGGGCCCAGCUAUUAGAAUCCCAACAGAAGUACCACGACACCGAGCUCCAGAAGUGGAGGGAAAUCAUCAAAUCCUCAGUGUUGCUCCUGGACCAGAUGAAGGACUCGCUUAUCAAUCUUCAGAAUGGUAUCAGGUCCCGAGACUACACAGCUGAGAGCGACGAGAAGAGGAACCGCUAUCAUUGACAAGGCAGGACCAGGGGUGGCUACAAGAGGCCUGUGCAAUACAUGUACAUAGACCCUAUAAAUAUAUAUAAAUAUAUAUAUACAGAAUAUAAAUAUAUAUUAUAUACAGAUUUUAAAAAAAGAGAUAAUGCCUAUGUACCAGGGAGAAGGAGCGGGAACUCCCGCCCCCUGUGCCGGCCAGAGCAGCGUUUUCCCUCCACGGUGGAGGGACCGAGGAGGGCAGGGACCACCUCUCAGCACCAACCUCCCCUGAUCCUCCUCCCAUUUUUCUGUUCCUCAUCCCUUCCCUUGCCGGCCAUUCUUGGCCCUUAGAAGGGGAAUGUGGCUGAGCCAAAGUUUAUGCCUGUGAAGACCUUGGUCGUCUUCAAUGUCAUUGUUUCAAGAGGGCAUUGCUUAAGGUGCUUCAUUUCCUAACCCCCUUUUAAUUUGUCUCUAGAAUAAAAGAGAACCUGUUUUCCUCCCACCCCACCCACCCCCACCCAGUGCUACCCCAGGCCUUCCCUUGGGAACAGAAAGAAUGGAGCAGGCAGGAGCCCCAUUCAAAGUCCCUCAGGAGGCCGUCAGUUAGGACCACACUGAAAUCCAGGUGGUGAGGACUGUGACAGAGGCUGCGUUUGUCGGCCUGGGCUGCGGGGCUGCAGGCUCCUGAGCUCUGGCAUCCUAAGCGAGUUCUUCCUCAGCCACGCUCCCCACCCCCACACACCUUCUUCUCUCCUGAGUAGGUUGUGGACCCAACAAGGGCUGGGAAUCCCUUAGUCGCCCACUCCCUUUCUCUCUGGUCUUCUCCCAGGCUGGAUCUGGGGGAAGGGUCACUUUUUAGUGCCUAAAAUCCUGUUGUUUCUGUGUGCCCUAAGAGCACAUUGUUUCUUAGCCAGGGUGGAGCCUUUUUGACCUUGUUUCAAAAACAAAACAACAACCUCUCUUAGUGGAAGCAAGUCAGGUCUGUGGCUCUAAUUCUUUCUCUUUGAUCUGUGAGUUUGAUGUCCAGGAUAAGUCAGGGUAUCCUAGUCCCUCAGGGCUUUGGGAGACAGAGAACGAUCUAGAAACAUGGAUUGCAGGGCUUGCCCAGAAUCCUGUGUGAGGAGUGAGCAUAGUCGCCAAGCCACUUAGAGGGCUAACAGCAUCAUUAACUCUUGGUAAGGAACCAGCAUUAGCAAUAGAGGCAGCUCUGUGCCACUGUGUGUCACUAAAGGGAGGAUUUGGCACAGAUGCAUUUGUUUGGUCAGGAGAAGACCAACUAGAACCUGGCCACCUCAGUUCUAAGUUUCUCAGGUUUAGUAGUGGGUUUCUGAAGGUAUGUGUACAAAUCGCUUUAUCGUCUUUGGCCCUAGUGAGAUAGAAAACCACCAAGAAAUUAAAAGCAGAUGCUACGUUGGGAUCUUGAACCAUCCAGGGCCUUCUUAAUGUUAGCCCGUCAGGACUCGGGUUUUAUCUGAUCUCAAGAGGUCCUUCUGGGCAGAUCCAUCACCCUCCCUUACAAGUGUCUACUGCUUUUCCUUCCAUCUGAUGGUUCAAGGAAUCCUGCCAGCCCCUGGCAGAGUUCUUAGAGAUCCAUGGUAGUAAAGAUUGCUGCCAGGUUGGCAUGAAAGCUGCUUUAAGCUUGCUGCUUUUCCAGGGCUUCUGAAGAAGGAAACCUGGAUUUCCUAGAGCAUUAGUACAGAGGAAGCAAGAUGGCGCUGAUUAGCUACACCAGAGAAGAAGUUAUGCUCUCCUCUUAGAAUUGUCCGAACAUUCCAUUUUGGGCAGUGAAAGAAAGGCAUCCAUGUUGCAUUGCCCUGAAGAAACAGGUGUUGGUAUUUCUUGAAUAUUUCCAGAUCAUCUUCUGAUGGAGGGAGGAGAAGGCUCCUACGGUUAGUGAGCAUUGCUAGCACUCUUCUGGGAAAGCAGGGUGAGGAAUGGAUUCAUGUGUUCCUCUGGAGUAGACAAGGCACAAAGACCACUUGAUUGUCAUUGGGUUGUUUUGAGAGUUGCUGGUGACAGUCAAGUCCCAAGUCAAAGAAGGGAGGAUGGUCCAGGGAGCUAGGCAGCUUCUUCUUGGAAUAGCCAGACGCCAGAAGCAUUCCCAGAAAGCUUUUGAAAGCAAAAUUGGAAAUUCUCAGAUUUAUUACAUAUGUAGUUCUUUACUAGGUUUAAUUGUUAAGGUAACCGUGAUCUUUUAAAACAAUUUCAGAAGUAUUCAUUGGGGUGGGAUGGGAGUUGGGGGACAAAAUAAAGUAACAGAAGUGGCCCUAACCACCAAGAACUGCUGUUCGUUGACCUGCAGUAUCAUUUAGAGGAGGAGAGCACCUAAUUUGUCAGAGAAAGCCUCCUGUCAUCUAGUGAACCCAGAUGAUAUGUGUACAUGAAGAAUAGCCCCCAAGAAUGAUGGCUUUCUCGUGAGUUCCUUCUGUCUUAGCAUUAGCUUGGGUUUUUACACCUGGAAGAAAUCAAAAUAUCAGUUUAUUCUCAGAAAAAAAAUCUUUCUUCCCCUUCGUCCAUACUUUGUGAAAGGAUUGGGAAUUCACCCCCUGCAGCCAAAGUACCCUGGACAAUAGCCUGGCAAGCAGCUCAUUGUCCACAGGAGGGCAUGGAACCUAGCUGGCUUUUGGUUACUUCAUCCAGCUGGCAAGUUUUGUUCACUUAUUGUAGAUGUAAGUAUAGUUUGAUCUUCUGUGAGGAUUUGUGUAGCAAGGUAUUUGAAUGCUUUUUACUGGACUAUGAGAGAUCUGGGCUUGAGUUCCUGGCCAUGUUAGUGCAAAAGUCAUGUAGCUUUAGAUAAGUCCCUGACACCAAGCUUCAGGAUCCAAGUGUUAACAGGAAAGAGCUGAAAUAAAUGACCUUUAAUGUGGUAUCUAGGUUUGACCUUGAUUUGGAGGGUAGGCCAGAGAUGAGAGAGAUGGGGAGUUUCCAGUCUUGGAAGAUGUCCUGCCAGGGCAGAUAAACUUUGUUCUUGGCUAGAAGGUCUUGGGGCUUCCAGUGGCAGGGACAGUCUUGCUCAGCAUGAGCACGAGAACACUUCCUUCUUUCCUUUGGCAUAGUUUUACAUGGAAUUGGUUUAUGCUUAGAGGGUAACAGCAAGAAGAGCAUCCUUUUGGCCCUAGCCCAUCUUCCAUCUCCAGGCACUGUGAAUCCUUUCUACUAUCCAUACUCCUCACUGAUGGAGGAGACUAUCUGAAGAAGCCAUUCCCAGUUCUAGAACUUCUGUUUUUCUCAGCCAAACCCCUGUCGCAAUUUGAAUAAAUUAUGAAACCGUUGCUAAAAUCCUUGGCUUGUGUUAGGGCACGGGUAUCAGGAGUGAGGAGCACCAGGGACCCGCAAGAGGAAUUUGCCACAAGUGGAUUCUCUACUUGUCCAUAGCUCCUCCCCUAUGCUGGCACUGGUUUACUCUUCUCAUAGACUGCAUCUGUUAGGAUGAGGUGUUGGGGAAACGACUGGCAAAGGGAAGACUCUUUUGGACUAUUUGUGCUCCCAGAAGGGUCCUUUCUGUGCCAUACCAUCCCACUUCCUUAGCUCUGCAGGGCAGCCAAAGCCAGCCCUGGUCGUUAGGGCCAAGGAGAAAUAGCAAUCUUCUCUCUUCCCCCAGGUGGCAGGGCUGUGAUGGCCCUUCCUACACACCUGGACUCUGCCUACCCACUCCAGGACUCUCUCCCUCCCCCCAACCCCAUCCCCAUCUCUGAGCUAUGGGGCAAUCACUCCCAUUUUACCUUUGCCAUCCUUGACCUUCGUUCACCCCGCUCCCACGCCCCCCCCCCCAUCCUCCAGCAGGCUGGCCCCACUCCCUUCCAUCUCCAAGUCUUCUUCCAGAGGAUGCAUUUGGAUCCCAGAGGAGUGUUUUCUGGAAGACAAUCUUUCAACAUCCCUACAUUCCUGAUAUGAAGCAGGAAUUUGCACAUGGUGUAGAGAGCUCCCUCUCCUGCCUCUCUGCCCAGCCUUGUUACCUCACUCCUGCUCCAGCCAUUGUGAUGGGCUCAGCCAGCUCCCUGUUCUGAUGUGCCCUGCAACAACAGCUCAGGGGUCUUGUGACUUGGAGAGGUCCUCAGCAGGCCUGGGAGCCCGGAUUGGAGCCUUGGCUGCCGUUGAGAAGCACUUACCUGCCAAGAUUUGCUGAUGCCAGACGAUCUACCCCAGCAUGUGAAUGCAUAAUGGACAUUGCCAUCUCUGCCCUUUGGUCCUCCUUGCUUCUCUCCAUACAAUAAGACACCUCCGAAGCAAAAUGGCGGCCCUUGCUCCAGGCAGGACAUCAGACUGUCUGGGGAGUUGGCCCUGGGCUUCUGUGUUGUGUGCAGAGACUGCACAGUAAAACAGUCACUUUUGCCAACAAGAAUGUGUGGCGCCCCACAUCUCCCUACCUUGCACUCUAGGGCCAGACCACUCUCUGUAUGGACCAGACCAUCUUCCCAAACCCAUGGUGCUUUCCCCCCGACCCCACUCAACCUACAUUCUGAGGAGGGGAGGGAUGGAUCAGAGGCCAUAGUGGCCCCCUGGAUAAUCCUGACAUGGGGUAGAGUCGGGUGAGGCAGAGGGAGCAGCACCCAACACCUGCACUGGGCCACAAGCGGGAAAGAACACGGGUUGGUUGCAGUUGAGUUGUUGUCUGGCCGUCUGUAUUUGGAUCUUUAACUGUACUUUGCCUGGCGCUGUGCGCAAGGUCUGAAACCUUAUUGCUAGUACCUAGAAACACACAAGGCUAUCCAGCCAAAUCUUAAUGUAAAGUAGCUAGAGCCAUGGAAGUCCAGUAUGAAUUAAAGGAAAAAAAGUAUUGAAUUACAAAUAAUAAA